AAUUCUAUCUACCGUCUUGUACGUGAACCACCUAGAAACUCUGAUUCUACACUUCUCAGCUCUUCUGGGUGUAAUCACGUUAGUAGUGCUAAUGUCCAUUCUUAUGCAUAUGAACCUACCAGUGUUGCCGCUUCCACCUUUGAGCCCGUCUACUGGGAUCUUUCGGACAGAGAACCCACAGCUGCAACCACUGCAGUUGCUGCAUCUAUAAGUGCUACUGAUGCAUCUGUUGUUACAGCAGGGGGAAGCAAUAGCAAUGCUGACCAAGGUGUCAGCAACCGUGACGGCGGUGGUUUUGCGUCUUCAUUCGGUGGUUUAAGUCUUUCACCUUCUCGCGAAGGUGGCUUUAGUGACCGUCUGCCCGGCUCAAGCUUGCGACGAUCACGUGGGCAUUUCGGUGAUGAUGAUGGAAUACGCAGAGGUGUCGGAAUUCGAAGUGAUCGUAUAAAUCGUCGACGGGUUCGUCAUUGCACCAUUGCCUAUCGUGUUCGUCUUUUCCCUUUUUGGCAACGGCGCUUCCUAAUCAAAUUCGAUCGUCUUCAACUCUCUGCUCUCUUUGAUAGGUUAGCCACUGCAAGCCCGUUAUUACCAUUGUCUAUAUCGCCUCGCUUUAUCUAA